UACUAACAAAAAUCGUUCAAUUGAAACCUGUCAAAAUUCUAGUUCGAAAAUUUACCAUAUCCCUUAAAUCAAUCUAAAACCGCCCGAAAAAUGAGUGAAUUUUAUCACGAACGAAGUGACAACGGUUCGACCGAUGGAUCCCGAGAUUUGGAACUGGUGAUUGAUAUUUUUGAUGACGGCCGAAUCGAAUUAGUUUCCAAUGAAGAUCGUGACGAAUCGGAGAUAACCAGCAAAAGUGAACCACCACUGGAACAAAUUUACGCAAGCGAUGAUGGUUCGUCUUCUGAGCAGAACUUUCUACAGGUGUCCGAUGGAAACGAAAGCGAUUCGUCGGAUUUUGAACCGGAACUUUUGCAAUCUUGCCCUCCCAAAUGUUGGUGCCCCGGAAACUGUCAUGCCUUCGAUUGUGACGAUCCGGACGAUGUGGUGAUGAUGGAAGCGAACAUUCUGGUUAAGGUUCCCAUUCGGAGGAAGUGUUUCGAUCGUUUGAUAGAAAUAGUACAGAUCUACCAAAAUAGUUUGAAAUAAUCGAAUUUAAUAAAGGUUCAUUGACUGC